CUCUGUUUAGUUUGUUUUCUGAGCAAUCAGUUACUGAAGUUUCCGGCCGUCUGGAAGGCGUUUUUCUGUUUUUGUCUGUUUUUUAAUCAGAUCACAGCGCUCGUUUAGUGUGUUUUGUGAUUUCCGCUGAGCAAGUCAUCGUCGUGUUUAUUUUUACUAGUUAUCUUUUAUUGUUUAGUCUAUCAAGCUUGUACUUACUCUGUUUUUAGUACUUUUAUUUGUGACCAUCGUUUUUACCCUGCUAGCGAUAGUAUCACGGAACAAGCAUGGAACUAAUUCCGAGCAAAUUCAUGCAACAACGCUUCGAACGUCAAAAACACGAAAUCGAGUCCUUUAUGGUGCGGAUCUACCGGCACAAUCUUAUCAAGGACGGUGGCAUUAUCAAGAAGAAGCUGCGGGAAAAGUUGCUCGAGGAUAUUCGGCUGCGUCGAAUCACUCGAGUCAAAAUUGACGAGCUGGGCUGGGUGUUGAUGAACCAUGGUCUGAUCACGCGCAACGGGUUGACGCAGCAACAAAAGCAGCAGCAGCAAAAUAAGGGAACAGCUGAGCAACAGCAGUUUAAAUUUAACAUGGAACGACUACGGGAUCUGCUGGAAAAUCACGAGCAACGUCUCAACGAUGAGCUUAUUGCGAAGAAACAGAACAAGAAAGCAAUCGCUCAGAAAGCGCUCGUUCAGAAUGAUAAAGCUCUGAAAGAGAUUCGCGACAUGGUGGAAGCGAACCGGCCACUAGCGGAAAUCCGGCACGUAAUGACCGUCGAACGAUUGCUGAGAUAUCAACUCGAACCAUCGUCCCGAAACUGUUUUGUUUGUCGGCUAAGUUUCCCAACGCCGGAGCACUACACGGGUCACUUCGAAUCGAAACACGAGAAUAAUUUUAAGAUAACUCUCGGAAGUGAUUGUUUACGAACGGAACAAAAGCUGGAAGUAGUUCAGCACUAUGACGCUCUGAGCCCGGUAACGCUGUUUACGAUGCGUAAUGCGAGUCACACGGCCAUACACGUUGAUUGUGUGUAUCUGUACCAUACGACAAAGCAACUGAUGCCGGUGAAUCGAGACGUGUGGCCUAUUACAAUCAAUCCACGUGACUGCUAUAAGUUUUCUAUUACAACCGGCAUGUUCCUGGUCACUGAACAUGACUACACUAUUUUGGUGCAGUUUAAUCGGAUCUUGGAGUACGUCGAACAGUAUCACUUUCGGGUGUUUAAGGAACCGGUUGAGCUGCGGGUGACACAAAAUCCGAUCGCACUGGGAAAGUUGAAAGAUUAUUUCCCCGUCACGGAAAUGGUGAGCGUUUUCAAGAACAAAUUCGAAAUGGUAGAUACGUAUUCAGGAAAGGAGCGAACGCUGUGUGAGAGAAUUCAGUCGUUCCUGGAUACUAACGAAGCAAGUCGACUAAAGGCUGGUAAUUACGUCGAAAUGCUACAAUUAAUGAACAACAUUGAAGACUAUAACGUGCAGUAUGAGUUGUCCCGGUACGAUAUGAAUGAUGUCAAGCUAGCUUCAUGUGGUACAAAAAGAUUCUACAGUCUUCAGCUAAACCAGUUCAGAACAGCUCCAAAAUCGCUCGUCGAAGGAGACUACGUUGAACUGACCUACACGCGUCCAAACAAAUCGAUCAAAACCGUCGUCGGUGUUAUUUCGCAGAUUUGCUCCAAUAAGGUGCUGUUCGAAACGGAAGAACCACUUCAAUACGACAUCAAGUGGCGUAUGAAGUUCAACCCCAACCGAAUUCCCAUUCGGAUGGAGUAUCAAGCACUGGAUAUCGUCAAACGACAGGAACUGAGUGCCUUCUUUUUCCCAACCAAGACAGGGGAAAAGUUAAAAGCUUUUGGCAGUGAUCAAUUCGAGUGGUUCAACAGCAAUUUGGCAAGCAACAAGGAGCAGAAAACGGCCGUCAUCAAUAUUGUCAACGAAACGGCCAGGCCUUCACCGUUCAUUCUGUUUGGGCCACCCGGAACGGGGAAAACCUCGACAUUAGUCGAAGCGAUUGCCCAAAUCUGGAAGCUUAAACCUAACGCCCAUGUCCUCGUAACAGCGUCAUCGAAUUUCGCUUGUAACGAACUUACCGAACGGCUGCUGAAUGUCGUUCCCAAGGAACACAUCUGGCGCUUUUUCUCCAAACAUGCCGAACGUAUGAUGGCCGAUAUACCCUACCGGCUGAUCGAGUGCUCUAAUCUCAACACCGGAUCCUACCGGCUGCCCUCAUAUGAGGAACUAUACGAAAAGCGUAUCGUCAUCUGCACUCUGAUCUCCGCCGGUAAGCUAGUUCAGGCUCGCAUCAAACCAAACCACUUUGGAUACGUAUUCAUCGACGAGUGUGGCAGUGCCACGGAAGCGUCUGCCCUUGUUCCCAUCGCAGGUAUCAUUAGUACUCCCAAAAAGCUCAAUGGUUCAAUCAUCCUGUCCGGCGACCCAAAGCAACUGGGACCGGUCACUCGUUCGGAAUUUGCUGCCAACAUGGGCUUACGUAUCUCGAUGCUUGAACGACUGAUGAAUCUUCCAGUGUACAUGAAAGAUCCCGCAACCAAGUGCUACAACACCAACAUCAUCAUUAAACUCCUACAGAACUAUCGUUCCCACGAAGUCAUCUUGCGAUUCUCCAACAAAAUGUUUUAUCAGGACGAACUGCAACCCUGUGCCUCGCCGGAUGACGUCAAUUGGGCCCUCGAUUGGUCUGAACUGCCAUCGGCCCAGUUCCCCAUCAUCUUCGAGUCGUCCAUGGGCAAGUUGGCUCGCGAACAGGACUCCACCAGCUACUUCAACCGAAAGGAAAUCGAAUUGGUCGAAUUCUACAUUCGAAAGAUUCUCUCCAACGGGAUUAACAAACGGGCCAUACCGCAACACAGCAUCGGUGUUAUCAGUCCGUACAAGAAGCAGUGCAUCAAGUUGAAGCAAAUGUGCCAACGGCAUGGGUGGAACGAGAUCGAUGUUGGCUCGGUCGAAGCUUUUCAGGGUCGCGAAAAACCGAUCAUGAUUCUGACCACAGUUCGGUCCGGUACCACCGGGGUCGGUUUCCUGAGCAAUGUGAAACGCUUGAACGUAGCACUGACCCGAGCCAAGGCACUGCUCAUUGUUAUCGGGAAUCCGCAAACCCUGCAGCAGGAUCCGAACUGGUUCGAGUUCAUUCGGUAUUGCCACGCGGCGGAUGCCAUUCGGGGAGUAAAAUUCGAGCUGGACGUAAAGCGUCACGUGGUCCAGGAAAUCGCCGUCAAGGACGCCUAUCUGUCGCAGAUGCAGGAGAAGUUCGAUAAGAUCACCAUCGCCAUGGCAGCGGUGAAGUUGUAAGUGUAUUAUAGGAUAGCUAUGUGAUAUUUUUGAGGAGGCGAUGAAGCAGAUAUUUUUUUGCGGGCAUUUUAUAUUGUUUUGUUUUGUAACGACUGUUAAAGCGGCAUAAGUGAAUAAAUUGUCGGUGUUCAUUUUUCAAAUCUACGAUAAUUUACACAGCCGAGUAGGUAAAUUUAUUCUUCUUGGGAGGCGGUUUUCCCAUAGCAGGCCAUCUAAAUUCAUGUUUGUGAAGCUUUAGUACCGCUAAACGAGGUAACUUUGGAAAUUUUCAAUCAACUAUCAGUAGGGCUUAGAUCUAAUUUUGAGCCUACUAAGGACAACCCGCCCUUUUCCUCUGUUUUUCGAGUGGAUUUUUUUUUCAUUAAAUGGAAUGUUUUCACUGCAGAU